GUGGCAGUCAGAUCAUCCCAGUUACAGUAAAUGGCAGACAAGGGCCUGGCUCCUCCUGCAGGUGAGGUCAGACCAAGUCAGUUUGGGAUCUGGACCCGUGUGUGGGCCUCAGACUCUGGGCCUCUUCAAUAGUCUCUCAUUACCUUUCUACCCUUCCUCUGUAUUUUUCUCCUGCCUCUCUUCACUCCCCCGAGGGAGGAGGCGAUUCUGUAGCCAGUUCAAUCCAGCGCUCCCCUCCCCUUGCCCUCUUGGGAGCUUGCACCUGUCCAAGCUACAGGCAGCUGCACCUUCCUCCCCCCCCUUCUCCUCCCUAGGGAGAAUGAUAAGAGAGCAGUAAAGACUCCUAUUGCAUUGGGGUACCCUGCUUAAACAGGUGGGGAGCUGGGGGUGGCCUCUGAUCUCCAGGUAUGGGAAGUGAAGAAAACACUCCAAGUGUGCUCCAGCCCAGAGAGGUCGCUAGCUCUCGGCUCCUGGGUGUGUCGAGGUUUAAUUUCUGGGCCUUGGAAGAGGUAGUCCGUGAAAGGGAGGCGGGUGUGGUACCACCCAGACAAUAAAGGUAUCUAUACAAAAGCAGGCAGGGUAAACCUCAGGGCCUCGAGGGGGAAAUGGCUAAGGGGUCUGUCUGAAGUGCAGGGGUGGAUGAAGGAGGAGUGUUUCAGGUGGUCCGGGUCCCGUGCUCUCCCUGGUAGUACGUGGAUUCCCCAUCAGGCCAAGCUGGACCGGGCAUGGGAGAUCGUCAGCGAGCGGUGGCUGGGUGGGGGGUCUGCAGGCCAGAGGAUGCUGACGUGUUGAGGCCAGAGAGGCCUUGGCUCAGGCCCCUCCUUGGGGAUCUGGGUCCAAGACGCAGGGCAAGCAGAGCCUGGGCCCCAGAGGGAAGGGUGCUCCUGGGAAGCUGCAGGCCCAGCUCGGCUCCGGCGGGGUGUCUUUGUGUCUGAGCACCGAGCAUUAGAGCCCGCACUAAUCUGAUCCAGCAGCUGUGAUUGGAGGCCGCCUGCCCCCGGGGCCGGCGUUGCCAUGGCAACCGGGCCCCAGGAGAAGCCGUCAGCGGCCGCGUCUUUUGUUCGGGCCUAAAUCGGCGUUGGCAUGUGAAACCGGCCCGGGGAGGCCAGGGGGAGCUGGAGAAUAGGCUGCCAGGGAGCGAGGGGGACAGCCGGGAAUGCCAAGGGCCCCGCGGCUGCCCCCCCACCCCGCCCGGAUCGAGGGGCCGCCACCGAGGGGGGAACAAUGGUCAGCCGCCAUGGCUGCCACUCAGGCUUAGCCGCCGCCGAACUUGGCGGCUCCCACUGGUCAGCAGGCCUCGGUCGCCUCCCCUCCCCCCUCCGGAGCCCCCCUGCCCCCAGGUUCCCAUGGAGACCAAGCCUAUUAAGGACACUGGGCCGGGAGCCUCCCUCCCCUCAGCCGGCCUCAGGAGGGGGACACCACGGGUGGGGGUACCCUGGACCCCUUAGCCAGUCUCCUCGUGUGGAAGGGGGUCUACUCUGGCCACAACCCCACCACGGCAAUGGGGGUCAGUCCAGCCAAGCCCCGCUUGAAGGAUGUUGGGGACCAGGGAUGUUGAGUGGAAGGGAACCGGAAGGACUGGCUUUGACCUGAAUCAGUUUGUGGGUCAGACAAGAGACUCAACUGCUGGAUUAAGGAGGAAGGUGGAUGAUGCCAUGCUGAUGUUCGACAAAACUACCAACAGGCACAGAGGGUUCGGGUUUGUCACGUUCGAGAGUGAGGACAUCGUAGAGAAAGUGUGUGAGAUCCACUUCCAUGAAAUCAACAACAAAAUGGUGGAAUGCAAGAAAGCUCAGCCAAAGGAGGUGAUGUCCCCGACAGGCUCAGCCCGGGGCCGGUCUCGAGUCAUGCCCUACGGGAUGGACGCCUUCAUGCUGGGUAUUGGCAUGUUAGGUUACCCAGGUUUCCAAGCCACGACCUACGCCAGCCGGAGUUACACAGGCCUUGCCCCUGGUUACACCUACCAGUUCCCCGAAUUCCGUGUAGAGCGGACCCCUCUCCCGAGCGCCCCAGUCCUCCCCGAGCUUACAGCCAUCCCUCUCACUGCUUAUGGUCCGAUGGCAGCGGCGGCGGCAGCGGCGGCUGUAGUCCGAGGGACAGGCUCUCACCCCUGGACGAUGGCUCCCCCUCCAGGUUCUACUCCCAGCCGCACAGGGGGCUUCCUGGGGACCACAAGCCCCGGCCCCAUGGCUGAGCUCUAUGGGGCAGCCAACCAGGACUCGGGGGUCAGCAGUUACAUCAGCGCCGCCAGCCCCGCCCCCAGCACUGGUUUUGGCCACAGUCUUGGGGGUCCCUUGAUUGCGACAGCCUUCACCAAUGGGUACCACUGAAGCAGGGAGGAGGCGGCAGGAGCACCCCAGCCUGCAGCUGACUGAGGACCAGAGUGAGACAGCAAGGGGAUUGGGACACCUCAGCCGCAGCCCAGCCCCUUCGCUGCAACUCGGACCGCUACUGCCUGCCCCCCAACCCCUGGGCCCAGUCCCCGCCCUGCCAUCCCUGACGUCUGGCUCCCCUACUAACCUCCCCUGUUCUGACCUUGCCUCUUCUCCCCCCACCAACCCACCUCUCUCCCUGUUCGCUUUUAUUUAUUUUGGAUUAGCCAGUUGCCCUCCCCGCACCAGGUCUGCCCUCUCGGGUCUGCCCCAUUCCCUCCCUGCUGCCCCCUUUAGGACACCCCCCAGGAAGGCUUUUGUAUCUGAAUAGCUGGAGGGCUGGCAGAGGGGGCCUGUUCCAGACUGAGGCCCCUACCUGUUUCGUUUUUUUUGUUUUUAUUCUGGCUUUUCCCUCUUUAUUCUUUUUUUUUUUUUUUAAGAAACUGUUUUUAAACUAUUUCUAGGUUUGUGAAUGUGAAGCCCCAGGCCGCAGGGGGCAAGGGGCCAGGUGCCCCCCCACCAGCUGAGAAGAAAGUGUCUAUGUGGGUGUGGGUGCCUGGCCUCCUCCCUCCAGCCUGGGAGAGGAGGGCAGGGCUGCGGGGUAGGCCAGGCCGAGCCCCUGGAACCAUCCCGUCCUGUAUCAUAUGUAAAUACUGUGAGGUGAAGCCCUACCCCUACCCUUCUCUAAGAUCCCUUGGGGUAACAGCAUUUGCCUGACCCCACAGGGCUAAGGUUUCCCCUCCCUCCCUGUCUCUGUCCCUCCCUCCUCAGACACCAUUACUGUAAGCUUGCAGACCUCAGCUCUGGCCACGGCAGGUCCAUACUCUCAGGCCCUCCCCAGGUUCAAGGCCUUGGGCGGACUCUCCCCAAAAAACCCUGGUUGGGGGGCAAGGGGCCAGGGAAGAGGAGGGCCUGCCUAGAGCCACUGCUGGGAAGGAGUUAGCUCUCCAAAGGCCCCUCCUGGCCCCUGCCUGGGUAGGACCUUCAUGGUUUCUGCUCUGAGCCCCCCACCACGAGGAGGAGGAGGCAUCGGGAAACGCUUCAGCAAGUAGAUACCAGGAAAGCAAAGGGCUUCUCAGGGAACCCCCAAAUUCUCACUGAAGUUUCCCACCAGGACAGUCCCGCGACCAGAGCCCUUGCUAACCCCCUACUUACCCUGGAGCCCCUUUCAGAGGAAAGAGACGCUCAGGGGCUCAGGGUGUGAACGUGAAGUGAGACCUGGCGUGGCAGGGCUGAGUCUACCUGCUGUCACCCCCCUCUCUGUCCCUCCCGAGGCUGGGGGGGUUCAAGCCGCCUUCCCCAGCAGAGCCCCCAGCCUUCAAAGCCCCCUUUGGAGAGUCACUGUCCGUGUGAGGCGCUCACUCAACCAAUAAGCCCCGGGAACUCAAAGCAAUAAUCUUCAUCACCGAGACGCACGGCUGUUUGUUGUUGGGUUUUUUGGUUUUUUGGGUUUUUUUUGUUUUGUUUUGUUUUUAAUAUUUCCUAAUAAAAGAGAAGCUGCAUUUUAUCGGAUUUUAUCUUUUAAUUUUUCUACACAUCUGAGCUGAGCCCCAGGAGACUUUGGCUUCCUCUUUUUUUUUUUCUUUUAUUCUCCAUCCCUGGGCCCUCUCACCCCACUGGGCCUAAGUGGGUUCAGGGACCUGGAUUUACAUUUCUGAUUCAUUCGUUUGAGGAAGAAAAAAAAAAACUUUCUUUUUAAGAUGUUACAUGGUGUUUUGAAGCCAGCAAGUUCCACCCCUCGGUGUCUUCCCUCCGCAUCUGUAACUUCUUUUCCAGGUUUUAUUUUGUUUUAAAUUCCUAAUAAAUUAUUUGAAAACA